GAUUCAGUUGGAACGUGGAUAGAGCACUUCAGAAUGGAGUGUGCGACACCAUCAGCUCUCCCUUCUCAAGCACUUCCUCUGUUUUGUUCAGGUCUGAGAAGGUCGCCAUUAGCUCAUCAACUGAAAUGGGGAGCACCAAAGGCGUGAGAGAACCGCGCUCCUGUGAUACUCCCAUGCAGAGUAUGAUGGCAUUCAUACACGUGCGUGACCGAAGCAUGACCUUGGUUGCUAGAUGAGGAGUCAUCUCGUCCGGCGAUAUGGCUAUGCGAGGAAUUAUUUUUUGCUUUUUCACUUGCCUGGUUUCUUAUUCUUUAAAUGAUUAAUUGGUUUCAGAAGAAUUAUUCAAGGAAGAGGCAUGCUUUUGUUCAUGCUCAGCUCGACUUGAAGCCACCUCCAUAUUCACUGGAUGCCUUGGAGCCACAUAUGAGCCGUCAAACAUUAGAGUAUCACUGGGGAAAGCAUCAUAGAGCAUAUGUGGACAAUCUAAACAAGCAGAUUGCAGGAACUGAGCUGGACGGAAUGUCACUAGAAGAAAUCAUCGUCACCACAUACAACAAGGGGGAUCCUCUUCCUCCGUUUAAUAAUUCUGCACAGGCAUGGAACCACAAUUUCUUCUGGGAAUCUAUGAAGCCUGGAGGAGGAGGAGUUCCUACUGGGAUUCUUCUGGAACUGAUUGAAAGAGAUUUUGGCUCAUUUGAUGCAUUUGUGCGAGAAUUUAAGGCCGCAGCAACUACACAGUUUGGGUCUGGUUGGGCUUGGCUGUCCUAUAAGGCAAACAAACUUGCAGUGGGGAAUGCAGUGAAUCCUCUUCCUACAGAGAAAGAUAACAAGCUAGUGAUUUCCAAAAGUCCCAAUGCAGUGAACCCUCUUGUUUGGGAUUACUCGCCAUUGCUGACUAUUGAUGUAUGGGAGCAUGCUUACUACCUUGACUAUGAGUACAAGCGUCCAGAAUAUGUUUCAGUGUUCAUGGAGCAGCUUGUUUCGUGGGAGUCUGUAAGUGCCAGAUUGGAGAUUGCAAAAGCCAAAGCAGAAGAACGGGCAAGGGAGGAGGAGGAAAGGAUAAGAAAAGAGGAGACACAAGAAUGGGAGAACAGCGAACCAGUGGAGAUGUAUAUGGACGGCGAGCCUGAAGGGUCAGAUUCAGAAUGAAGGAAGGGCCUUCUAAGUUUCUGUCGGUAUGGUAGUUGUAUCUUCAAUGCGUCGGUAUAUCGUCUUUUUGGUAUACCCGGUCGGCUUUAAUUAGCACAGGAUAGCCCCUUGGUCUUUAGUUAGCUUGAUUUAUAUGAUAUUCGGGCUGUACAGUUUUCAGAGCUUAACGAGAGAAUUUUAUGACGGCUUGCAGGAGAUUUCAUUAUAGUAAACAAAAUAUUUUGUAACACGAUGAGUAUUAGCACUAUUAGCAGCUGCUUAUUGGGCUUUCCAUUA